AUGCCUUGGUUGGGCAUAACUAGUGCAGAAGGAAUGGGAUUUGUUUCUGACGAAACGCCAAGGCAUUGUUUCCCAGCCACUCAGCGUGCUGAUGUCGUGGUGGACCUCCCACAGGACGAAACCCAGAGUAAUCCAGCGGCUGGUGAGGAGCUAAGAUCUCGAAGGAGCAGGGAUGCCUGCCAUACCGGGACCCCAGACCUCAAAAGCAACCCCCCGAAAGUCCCACACGCUACUUACCUACAGCCACUCAUCGCGUCGGGAUGUCUGUUCACGACCGUUCCAAUCUCGCGAUUAUCGACUAUCUUCUGCAGAACGGUUGAACGGUUCUUCUGGCUUUUUUCUUAG